ACAAAAAAGAGUGUGGAAAAGAAAAAUGAUUGAAAAGGUAAAAUAAAAUACAGAGAGUAAACAGAAGAGCUAAUGAUUCGAGGGACGCUAAAAGUUGAAUGUUCGAGAGAAGCGUCUCAGAGACUGUGAAAAUCAAAUCCUCUGUUACAGUGCGUGCGACGAUUUGGUCCCCCUCUCUCCUCUCUCUCUCUCUUUCUCUCCGUCUUGUGCGUCGAUUUGUCGUCUUCUACUACUCUAUUCUCCGCCUACUUUCACAAGAUUACUACUCCCUUCUCUGCCGUCUUCUUCUCCUGUGUUCUCGAUAUACCCUCUGCAUUUGGAUUGAUGUCCCUUUAAUGCUUCGAGGAUCUCACUCCCCCUCUCUCUCUCUCUAUUCGCCGACUUCGAUUUCUUCAGUUUCUAAAUAGCAUCCUUUUUCUCAGGAUCAAGAAACUUCGGUCUGUAAACGCAACAACAUGCCUCUGUUUGAGCUUUUCAGGCUCACCAAAGCUAAGCUCGAAUCUGCUCAAGACAAGAACCCUUCUCCACCUUUGGAUGAAAUUGUUGAGCUGGUGUGGGAAAAUGGACAGCUUUCAACUCAAAGCCAGUCAAGCAGAUCGAGAAACAUUCCACCACUACAUGCUGUUCAUCAAGCAAGCUCUUCGAGAGCUAGAGAGAUUGGAAACAGCUCAAAGACGACGGUGGUGGACGAGAUCCCUAUGUCAGUGCCGUCUCUAAUGACGGGUUUGAGUCAAGACGAUGACUUGGUUCCAUGGUUGAAUCAUCAUCAAUCCCUAGAUGGAUAUUGCUCUGAUUUCUUGCAUGAUGUGUCUCCUGUUACUGUCAACGAGCAAGAGAGCGAUAUGGCGGUUAAUCAAAUUGUUUCCCCAUUGUUUCAGAGAAGAAACAAUGGCAACGAAUCAGCUCCUGCUGCUUCUUCGUCGCAGUAUAACGAUUUCCAGUCACGUUCUCUGUAUGGAAGUGAUAGAGCUAGAGAUCCUGCUAGCCAACAUGCCAAACUGGAUCGAUUUACUCAGAGUCAGGAACCGUUAGUCACUAGUAACAAGCCUGGUUUGAUCAACUUUUCGCAUUUCUUACGCCCUGCAACGUUGGGUAAGACUAAUAACCUUCAUGGCACUAAAGAAAAGGGUCCUCAAAGCCCACCGAAUGUGUUUCAGACUAGAGUUCUUGGAGCUAAAGACUCUGAAGAUAAGGUUCUUAACGAGUCUGUUGCUUCUGCUAUGCCCAAGGAUAACCAAAAGGCUUGCCUAAUCUCAGAGGACUCUGGUAGAAAAGACCAAGAGAGUGAAAAGGCUGUUGUAUGUUCUUCUGUUGGCUCGGGUAAUAGUCCCGAUGGCCCAUCCGAAAGUCCUUCACUUUCUUUAAAAAGAAAGCAUUCAGAUGUUCAAGACAUUGACUGUCAUAGUGAAGAUGUUGAAGGAGAAUCGGGAGAUGGAAGAAAGGAAGCAGCUCCCUCUCGAACGGGCACGGGUUCAAAGAGAAGCCGCUCUGCGGAAGUACAUAAUCUGUCUGAAAGGAGACGGCGUGAUAGGAUCAACGAGAAGAUGCGUGCUCUUCAAGAACUCAUACCAAACUGCAACAAGGUGGAUAAAGCUUCGAUGCUAGAUGAAGCAAUCGAGUAUCUCAAGUCACUCCAACUUCAAGUUCAGAUAAUGUCAAUGGCGUCUGGUUACUACAUGCCACCGGUUAUGUUCCCACCGGGUAUGGGGCAUUACCAGGCAGCAACAGCAGCAGCAAUGGCAAUGGGUAUGGGAAUGCCUUAUGCAAUGGGCUUGCCUGAUUUGAGCCGAGGGGGUUCCUCGGUUAACCACGGACCACAGUUCCAGGUCCCAGGGAUGCAACAACCAGUGGCGAUGGCGAUUCCACGUCCCUCUGGUGGUGGUUUCUUCAUGGGUUCUUCGGCGAUGGAGAUGAAUAAGAGCGAUGAUGGUUCGACUAGAGAUCUAUCGGGUUCUAAAGAUCAAACGACGUCCAAGAACAACAACAAUAACUUGAAACCAAUUAAGAGAAAACAAGCGUCUUCUGAUCCGUUUUGUGGAUCGUCGUAACAUAAACACAAACCUUUAAGCACUAAUGCAUUCAUUGUUAUCGCAUUCAAACAAAAUUAAUUUGUGUGAUCUCUAUAUUUUCUUCAAAA